GCAAUUUUCAGAAGCUUCAUAGAUCGAAAUGCAGUAGCUACAGUGCUACUACAUCUGGGGUGCAUCACUGUUCAAAACCCGAAAUUUGGGUAGGGAUAUGGAGUAUGGUGGGGUUUUCAGGAUCGUUGGGGAUGCCCUUAGCUUACGAAUAUUUUCGGUUGAAGAUCAAGUUUUUGUUUGCCUAAUUCUAGAAAAUUGAGGGUUUUCACGAUAGGACAUGACAAAUGCUUGCCAUUUCAACUUAUUUAAGGCUAUAGGUUUGGCAAGAGGAGCAUCAGUGCGACAAUCACUAAGUUCUUGUGGCACUACUGUGUAUUUGUCUAAGUGCUCGAUAAGAAAGAUUCACAUGGAAGGCAGUAAAAAGAGUGAUUCAAGGGGUGCAUUAAUUGUUCUAGAAGGUCUGGAUCGUUGUGGAAAGACCUCACAGUGCAGUAGAUUGCUAUCUUCCCUGGAAAAGUCAGGCCAUGCAGUUGAAUCAUGGAGAUUUCCUGAUAGAAACACGGGUGUUGGAAAAAUGAUAUCAUCUUAUUUAGCCAACGAUUCUCAUUUGGAUGAUCGUGCAAUCCAUCUACUCUUCAGUGCAAAUCGCUGGGAGAAGAGAUCACUGAUGGAGUCAAAGCUGAGGAGUGGAACCACACUUAUUGUUGAUCGUUAUUCUUUUUCUGGGGUUGCUUUCUCAUCUGCCAAAGGACUUGAUAUGGAGUGGUGCAAGGCUCCAGAGAUAGGAUUGCUAGCUCCAGACCUAGUUGUAUACCUUGAAAUAUCACCAGAGCAAGCUGCUGAAAGAGGAGGCUAUGGAGGUGAGAGGUAUGAGAAGCUCGAGUUUCAGAAAAGAGUGGCUGAAUCAUACAAGACACUACGUGAUGCCACAUGGAAGGUUCAAUGCUGUCUCCUUCAUCGUAGAUAAUCGAUGCUACCCUCCCAAUCGAAGAUGUUGAGAAACAACUGAGAGAGAUUGUUAUGGAAUGUGUACUGACAUGCGGAGAAGGGAAGCCUCUCUCAGAGCUGUGGCCAAAAUAGAUGCUUAUGCAGUUUUGUGGAGUUGAAUUUAUAUACUCCUAACAUAUAGGUUUGGAUUUUGGCUUGAAUGUAUGAUUACUUGAUAUCACUCUGUUUUAAUUAUAAGAACAAUGAUGGCUUUACUCUA